GGGUUCUCACCAUGUGUUACCUCUUCUGCAAGGACAGUUCAACUCAUUCCCUGGUGAAGAGAAGUCAGACUAUUCUUUGCAUCCCAUUCAGGGCUUCUGAUAGAAAUAAAGUUUCCAGAUGUUGUGUUCCUGCAAUAAGAAAUAAAGAUGUGACCUUCCAGUUGUGUAAAGCUCAUCAAUGCUGUGUAAGUGCGUCAGGUGCGCUAAGGAACGUGGAGCCAAGUGGUCUAGUUGUGAGAGAGAGAGACUUAACUAUGUUAACAAAGUGUGAGAAAAUCCAGUACUUUGUGUUCAACUCAGACUACCAAACCAGAAGUUCUAGCAGAAAAGGUGAUAAUCCAUAUGUGCAAUAAGAUCCCCAGGUGAUUCUUUUCAUUGGAGAAAUAUGAGGAACACUGCUUGACGUCUCUACAGCUAAGAUGUCUAAAAUGAAACUUCAAUUAUUCCUUCUUCCAAACUGUCCCAUCCUGCAAAUCUUUUCUUGCUCAGUGAAUGGUGCCAUGAUUCACACAAAAAGUAACUCAGGGCUUCCCUGGUGGCGCAGUGGUUGAGAGUCCGCCUGCUGAUGCAGGGGACACGGAUUCGUGCCCCGGUCCAGGAAGAUCCCAC